UGUGAUGCUCAUGCACAUUUGAGACCACUGUUUUAAUUCAUUCCCAUCUUUACGAUCUCUUCCAGGAAGUCUGCCCAGACUUCUCUGAGAAGCACUCUGAUAUCCACAGUCCUCCUUAGCUGUGUCUGAGUUUCUGAGUGUCUGGGUCAGAUUCACCUUGGGUUCUGCUGGGUGUGCUCUCUCCCAUUGGACUGGGGAACCCUCAGGGACAGAUGCCUGGGCUUCUCUUCUUGUGACCCCAAGCACAUGUUCCUGGUUCCUCCUGCAUGUAGACUCUCUGGGAUGCUGUAGGAAAUGAGACACUUUAGUUUUAAGUUCUUAGAAUCCACUUUCCUUUACUUCUACAGAUACUCUUGGUAGAAGCUGGCUUCUCCCUCCUUCCACCAUUUCUCUAUUUCUUGAUGGUCUGGGAAUUGUAUAACUUUGUCACAUCAGCCUUUGCUUUUCCCAUCCCAUCCCAUUCCACAGGAUGUGCUAGGUGUGGGCCAACCUCCUUCCCACCCUGACGAGUGACCAUGGACCCUGGAACCGGGCCAGAUGCAUCUCUGACUGUCAAUGAACAGGUCAUCGUGAUGUCAGGCCACGAGACUAUCCGAGUGCUGGAAGUUGGAGUGGAUGCCCAGCUCCCUGCUGAGGAGGAGGGCAAAGGCCUGGAGGGUGUGGCCACCCAGGACUCUCAGAGUAGAGGCCCUGCCAAAGCCAGUGAACCUACAGGUGAAGCUGGGCCAGACAACCCAGACCUCUCUGCAGAGGCGACUGUGAAGUCACUCCCGGGGAUCCCUCCAAGUCCUGCCCCUGCUGUUGCCACCUUCAGCCAAGCUCCAAGCCAGCCUCAGGCAUCGCAGACCCUGACACCACUGGCUGUACAAUCUGCCCCCCAGGUCUUGACUCAGGAAAACUUAGCCACAGUUCUGACAGGAGUUAUGGUUCCAGCAGGGGCAGUUACUCAACCUCUUCUUAUCCCCAUCAGUAUUGCAGGUCAAGUGGCUGGUCAGCAGGGGCUGGCCGUGUGGACAAUUCCUACAGCAACCGUGGCUGCCCUCCCAGGACUGACCGCUGCUUCUCCUACGGGGGGAGUUUUCAAGCCACCUUUAGCUGGUCUCCAAGCAGCUGCCGUGCUGAACACCGCUCUCCCGGCACCUGUACAAGCUGCCCCAUCAGUACAGGCCUCCUCGCCAGCCCAGCCCCGGCCACCAGCCCAGCCCCAGCCGCUGUUCCAGGCCCAGCCGCUGCUGCAGACUACGCCUACCAUUCUACCGCAGCCCACUGCUGCCACUGCUGCCCCCACCUCCAAGCCAGGGGACACCCCUCCACAGAUCACCAUCCAGCCUGCAGGCUUCGCGUUUAGCCCAGGAAUCAUCAGCGCUGCCUCCCUCGGGGGACAGACCCAGAUCCUGGGCUCCCUCACUACAACUCCAGUCAUUGCCAACGCCAUUUCCAGCAUGCCGGGGAUCAGCAGCCAGAUCCUUACCAAUGCUCAGGGACAGGUUAUUGGAACACUUCCGUGGGUAGUGAACUCAGCUAGCAUGGCAGCCCCAGCACCAGCCCAAAGCCUGCAGGUCCAGGCCGUGACCCCCCAGCUGUUGUUGAAUGCCCAGGGCCAGGUGAUUGCGACCCUGGCCAGCAGCCCCCUGCCUCCACCCUCAACUUUCCGGAAGUCAAGCACACCUGAGUCCCCAGCUAAGAGUGAGGUGCAGCCCAUCCAGCCCACACCAGGGGUGCCCCAGCCCACUGUGGUCAUUGCCAGCCCAGCCCCAACAGCCAAGCCAUCUGCCUGUGCUCCCAUCCCAAUUACCUGCUCAGAGACCCCUACCGUCAGCCAGCUCGUGUCCAAGCCGCAUACCCCAAGUCUGGAUGAGGAUGGAAUCAACUUAGAAGAGAUCCGGGAGUUUGCCAAGAACUUUAAGAUCCGGCGGCUUUCCCUGGGCCUCACACAGACGCAGGUGGGUCAGGCUCUCACUGCGACGGAAGGCCCAGCCUACAGCCAGUCAGCCAUCUGCCGGUUUGAGAAGCUGGACAUCACACCCAAGAGUGCUCAGAAGCUAAAGCCGGUGCUGGAGAAGUGGCUGAAUGAGGCCGAACUCCGGAACCAGGAAGGCCAGCAGAACCUGAUGGAGUUUGUGGGAGGUGAGCCCUCCAAGAAACGCAAACGCCGCACCUCCUUUACCCCCCAGGCCAUAGAGGCUCUCAAUGCCUACUUCGAGAAGAAUCCACUGCCCACAGGCCAGGAGAUCACCGAAAUUGCUAAGGAGCUCAACUAUGACCGUGAGGUCGUUCGGGUCUGGUUCUGCAAUCGGCGCCAGACACUCAAGAACACCAGCAAGCUAAAUGUCUUUCAGAUCCCUUAGGGCUCAGCCCCCAGCCCUGUGUUGCAGCACU